AUGCCGCUUACAGUGAUCGACAUCAUUUUCAUGCUGACGGCAUAUUUUAUUAUUAGAGUUGAUUCUCUGGCUGACGAUAACCCAGCGAGUCCGACUCCUGUUUAUGCAACUCUGGAGAGUGACGAGAGGCCGUUCGCAUCGCCAUCUAGCUGUGUUCCCACCGUUACGGUGACGACGAACCUAGGCACGAAUGAAGGUUGCGCAUUCAACUGUUCGAGUGAUUUUUGCAUCAUCGAUUAUUUCGUGACUUUGCCAUGCGGCUGCUCACAGGCAGCGGGCGUGGUUACUGAGACGAUCACCGCAUGUGCAACAUCGAGUCCCUGCUGGAAUUGCCACACCGGGUUUCCUUUUACUACAACGGCCACAGAUUGCCCAGAACCAACUGGAGAUGAUUAG